GUUUAUUGCGACCAACCAUUUCUUUGACAUGGCCUGGGACGUGCGCGGCGGCGUUGCCUCCUGGGGCAAGACGGGGGUGCUGGACUUGUCGCCCAGUGCCCGUAGCGCCCGGAGCACGCGCACGGGCAAGAGCACUGCUUCCGCGCACAGCGCCAAGGACGUGGCUGGCCGCUCGGAGUGCUGGGAGGCGUUUCUGCUCCAGGCCCGUGCAGCGCAGGCCACGCGAUGCUUCGUAUUUUCCCAUCGCCGGCUUGAUGGUGUUGCCGCCAGUGCCCUUGGGAAGUAUCUCCAAGAGGAGUGCUCCGCGCGCUUCGUGGACCUCUCCUUCUUGAAGAGAUGGGAGCAGGUCGAUGCUGUCGCUGCUGCCGCACUGAAGCAAGGCUUGCGCCCGCUGCGGUCCCUGAGCCUGGACGGCAACUGCAUCGACGCGGAGCUCUGGCACGAGGCCCUGCAGGUGCACCCGGGCCUGCAGCACUUGUCGCUGCAGAAGACGAACCUCACGGACGCCCACGCCCCGCUCUUUGCCGAGUUGCUCCGCGAGCCCCUGAUGUUUUCCUUGGACCUCGGCUGCAACGACAUCUCCGACGCGGGCGCGGCGACGCUGCUGGAGGCCUUGCAACAGAACAACGUGCUGCUGGAGCUGGGCCUGGAAGGCACCAAGACCAGUGAGCCCAUGCGCCAGAACGUGCAGGCGCUGCUGGAGCGCAACGCCCGGCUGUACCAGGGCGCUCGCCCGGUGGAUGAGGUUUUGCGUGGGCUACGGCGUGCUCAGGCGGAAGCUGCCACUGGACAGGCUCAACUCACGGAAGGUGUGGCGGAGAUUGAAAGCCAGGCGGCAUCUACGGUCCAGAGCCCAAUGUCAAGCCCGAGGCAUCCCAGAUCACGCAAAGGCGAUGCCACGCCCGCGGCGGUGCUGGACCUGUCACGGGGCAUCGGCGCCUUUUGCGCGGCAGAGCUGGAGGAGGAGGAAGACGAGCGAGAAGAACCUUCCCUGGAGCAGGAGAUGGCAGACCAAGUUUGGUUCGACGCGGACGACGGCCGGCGACUGUUGGCGGAGCUGAACUUGCGCUGCGAGGCCGGCUGGCGCUACAGCGCCGCGGAUCAGGAGGAGAUGGUGCGCUUUCGGGAGAUGAUCAAGGAGCUCCAGGAGCUCCGAGUGCGUGAGAAGCAGCGCCACGAGGAGGCGCUGCAGCGCCUGGCGGAGGCCCAGCGGAGCUUCAACCAGCGCAUGUCGCCCAUGCAGAAGAGGAGCCUUGAGCUUCAAAAGCAGAUCGAAGCGGUCCAAAGUGACGUCGCUGCAGCGCAUCAGCAGAAGUUCUUCGAAGAGGGCCUGCUUCGAGACGCGCAGAGAGACCUGGAGGUGGAGCAGGAGGAGUUGGCGCAAGAGAAGUUGGCCGGCCAGCGAGUGGUCAGCAGCCUGCGGCUGAGGCAUCACGAGAUGGCGGAGAAUCUUCAGGAGAUGCACCGGGAGCAAGGUCUGCUGGAAGCCAACAUCGACUUCCUUUUAGGGGACAACGAAAGGUGCCGCCGGGCGCUGCACGCGGUGAGGUUUGAGACGGAGACGGAGCGCUUUGUGCCACACUCCAUCCUGGGACGCUUGGGCCGGGACCUGGUGAACGUGAAGGGCGCGACCUCGACGCCCUGAGCCUGAAAGGCAGCCUCGUUCGUUCAAACAUAUCGAU